CGGCUCCAAUCUCGCGCAGCUUGUCUUGUGUUUCUCCUCCACCACGCUUCUCCUAGAAUCGGUUUGCAGGCGCGAACUUGCGAUCUGAAUAUGGGAUUUCCGAGAUUCGGUCCUGCAAAAGGAGUGGAUGCUGAUGUUAGUCCCAAUCUUUAUGUGGCCAACUGUGGUCCAGCUGUGGGACUUUCUCAUGACACCAUCGCCGUCGUGUUCGGCGCCUUCGGAGAAGUUAAAGGAGUGUAUGCCGCCGAUGAGAGUGGUGCUCGUGUCGUUGUUUCUUUUGCUGAACCAAGUUCGGCUCAAUCUGCAUUCACAGCGUUGGAUGGGCAGCCUUGUCAUGAUCUUGGAGGCCGUUCUUUGCACAUUCGUUAUUCCAUGCUUCAACCACCAUCUCCUAAGGUCAAUGACAGCAUUCCAGUGGCGCUGGUUGCUUCAGAUUUAAACAUUCCUGGGCUUUACUUGUUACAUGAUUUUGUUAGUGCUAAAGAAGAAGAGGAAUUGCUCGCAGAAGUUGAUAAUAGGCCUUGGAAAAGCCUUGCAAAAAGGAGGGUUCAACAUUAUGGAUAUGAAUUUCAUUAUGAGACUAGAAAUGUUGACACUAGACAGCACUUGGGUGCACUUCCGUCUUUCGUUUCUUCUGUGCUUGAGAGGAUCUCACUGUUUUCAGAUAUUAAGGAUUCUUCAAGUUUAGUGUUGGACCAAUUGACGGUCAAUGAGUAUCCACCUGGUGUGGGCCUCUCUCCGCACAUAGAUACACACUCAGCAUUUGAAGGAUUCAUUUUCAGCCUUUCAUUAGCAGGGCCUUGCAUCAUGGAGUUUAGGAGAUAUUCAGAGAGUGCCUGUUAUCCUAAAACUGCCUUAGUGACUGAUAUGAAUGAGGAAAGCCCUGAAAAUGGCAAGCUGUCAAGGAAGGCUAUCUACCUUCCUCCUCGCUCUAUGCUCCUUCUCUCUGGGGAGGCACGAUAUGCAUGGCAUCAUUACAUUCCACACCAUAAGGUUGACAAGGUCAAUGACAGCAUAGUCAGAAGAGGCUCACGAAGAGUGUCUUUCACACUUCGCAAGGUGAGAACAAGCCCUUGUCAGUGUGAAUUCGCCCAGUACUGUGAUUCUAAAAGAUAGGACUGGUCUAUGUCAAUUAAAAUGGAAACUGCAAAUCAACACUCAGGUCCCUUGUAUGCUGGCUGGGUGAGAGUUAAACCUUGCCAAUCUAAACUUCUCCAGUGAUAUUGUUUCAUAGAGAUAAGAGGACUUGGGACUGGCUCUAUUAGGACCCAAGCCGAGGCUGCCAUUACAAAUGAAAUUUUUGACAUUCAAAGGUAAUUAUAAUCAGAACUUUUUAAGAGUUAUUCUAGAUUUCUAGGAGUUUAAUCCUUGGGAAAGAUAUGAACAAAAAAAAAAACGUACUGUUCACCAAAUUUUCUGACAGACUGAACAUAGCUUGCAUACUGGUGAGAAGACAGGAGAUGGAAAUUAGGGCUACGAAAAAUAGCUGUACCUAAAGACUUCCCAUUAUUAAGUGAGAAAAAGUGUCCUAACAACAACAAAAAGUAGAAAUUACUAUUUUAUUAUCAUUUUGUGUAAUUGCAUACCUCUCAAGUUUCCUUUUAUAGCCGAGAUAACAUCUGGCUGGCUUUGCCCUGAAUUACUCCAACUUUUCCUGUUAGGUCUUAGGAGCAACUGUCAGGAUCAUCUAAGCUUAACCGGAAUGAUGACAUAAGAAAGCACAAAUUAAAGGGGAAAAAAAAGGGGAUAAAAAUGAAGCUAGCAACACAGAGAAUGAUGCUAGCUAGCUAACAAGCCUUGAUGAUAGGAGUGAUUAGGUGUUAAGAAACUGCAUAAACAGAUGUUUGGUAGUAUCAAAUGACACCGGGAGUUCCCCCAAACACUUCAGUAGGGUAAAUAAUACUUCAAAAAUGUCCCCAGUGAAGUGUUCAGGGGAACUCUAGGGGACACCUGAUUCAUCGACUAUUGCUCUCUGUGAGAGGCUUUCACUGGUCUUGGUCUGCAAAUGGUUACUUGCCCUCAUAUAUAUAGCGACUUGUUCCCGAACACUCCAAAAUACAAACAAAUCAAUGAAAAUGAAGCUUUUAA